AUGCCAGGAGGUCGUACAGCACAUUCUAGGUUUAAAAUCCCAAUUAAUAUCAAUGAUUCAAGUGUUUAUAGUUUCUCAAAACAAAGUGCCACAGCUGAAUUGAUACGAAAAGUGAAACUUAUCAUAUGGGACGAAGCUCCAAUGGCAAAACGGCAAGCAAUUGAAGCACUUGAUAGGACAUUGCAAGAUAUAACAGGUAAUUCAGAAUCCUUUGGAGGAAAAGUUGUGAUAUUCGGAGGAGAUUUUAGGCAGGUGCUUCCAGUAGUUCCUCGAGCUACGAGAACAGAGACUGUAGAUGCAAGUUUAGUAAUGUCAUAUUUAUGGCCAAAAAUGAAGAAGUUACAAUUGACAACUAAUAUGAGGGCAAUCAAUGAUUCUUGUUUCAGUGAGUUUUUAUUACGUGUUGGGAAUGGGGAAGAACUAACUAAAUCUGAAGAUUUGAUUCGCAUUCCUGAUGAAAUGGUGAUAGAACACCAAAAUGAUGGAAAAUCCGAAGAUGACUUGAUAAAUGCAAUAUUUCCUUCAUUACAACAGCAUGCUCACUCAACAGAAUACAUUACACAAAGAGCGAUCUUAGCAACAAAGAAUGACACAGUGGACAAAUUAAAUGAGAAACUUAUUGAGCUUUUUCCAGGAGAAAGUGUUACAUAUUAUAGCUUUGAUUCAGCAACUGAUGAUGCAGAAACUCAAUAUCCAGAAGAAUUCCUCAAUUCAUUGGCUCCAAAAGGACUUCCACCGCAUAAAUUAGUUUUAAAGAAGAAUUGUCCAAUAAUGUUGUUACGUAAUUUGAAUCCCUCACAUGGAGAAUGCAAUGGAACCCGUUUGGUUUGUCGUCAAUUCCAAAAAAAUGUCAUCCUAGCAGAGAUUGCAGUUGGACAAUUUACCGGUAAUCUUGUUCCUCUCCCUAGAAUCCCACUUUCACCAACGGAAAAUGAAGGAUAUCCUUUCCAUUUAAAAAGAGAGCAAUUCCCAAUUAGACUUAGCUUUGCAAUGACAAUAAAUAAAUCACAAGGGCAAACUAUACCACAUGUUGGAGUAUAUCUUCCUGAACCAGUAUUUUCACAUGGACAAUUAUACGUAGCAUUAUCAAGAGGUAUAUCGAUGUCAACAACCAAAGUUUUAGUGAAAAAUGCCAAGAUAGGAAAGAAAAGUGGAUCUUAUACAAAGAACGUGGUCUACAAAGAAGUUCUUCUACCAAAAAGGAUCAAUGAUUUAACAACUUCUACUGAUGAAGAGUAA